CACAAACGAGUCUAUUUUUAUACAAGUUUUUAUACAAGUUUAUACAAGUUUUACUUUACAAAACUAGAUCUGAUUCUUAAUUACUGAAAAAGUGGAGCGGUAGUAAUCGAUUAGAAUAAUUACAUACGUCUACAAAACGACGAAAAAAAUGUACGUUAAUGAUGUAUUUGGGAAGAACAGGAGUUCACAACGUUGAAAUCAUUUUUGAAAUAUUUUACUGGCGCUCGAAGUAUCUUAAAUAAUCGGGUUAAUAUAAAUCGUCGAAACUGAGCCGGGAUUUUCGUUCAAGAUACUGUACGUGACAGGUCGUCCCUCGCCAGUGGACAACCGCGUGCGUCUCAAGUGGAAACUAGAAGCUGUCUCGUCGUUUAAAGCUGAUGGAUCGCUCCCUUUGCUCUCGACAACUCUGCCGGCAUUUAGAGCCAAGCUGUGCGCUUAGCGGACAAAAUUUAAAUUGAAAUUACAAGACCAGAAUGUUACCUUAAUCGUAACUCGAGAAUUCUUCGUACAUGAAUUAACGAGUCUACCUUACCGGUUGCUAUUUAAUUCUCGUAAAAUAAAACGAAUUUUCGUGUUUAAUGCGAUCGAUUUGUCUAUGAAUUUAUACUUAACUGCGACAUAUUUCACUUUUGUUUUAUCGAUAUGGUUACAAAGUUUUACCUUUACCGUGAUGUGUUUCAACUACUGUAUCGCGUUUUAUCGAAAGUCAUAACAACCGUCCGAGGGAGGAACGUGCUUCGAUGUUGAGACCAGCGAAUAUAUCUUGGACGUCGAUACUACCGGCAACUACCGAAUCCCUGGAUCUAAAAGCCUCUUCCUGUUGUCUGGAAGAUAACAUCGCCCGAGGCUUCGAGGUCCGUCGACGAUAUCAGAAAGGAUAGAGCCGUAAGUUGGCGGAGCUUUAGCGAGUUGAGAAUAGUAGACUUUGCACUUGGAACUUUGCACUCUGCCAUUGCCUUGACAUUUAGUCAACCCUAAUGGCGCACUCUUCGGAUUAAACUUUAAAUACCUUUCGCCGAAUUAAGAACGUCAUCGUUCCUGAAGGUCUAGGAUCAAGUGAGCUUACUUUGAUAGCACGGCCAAGAAGAUUGCGAGAAUAGGCGGAAAAUGAAGAGCCUCAGCAUCGAGUAUUUGAAGGUUUGAAACGUCCAUUGAAGCGGUUGACACUGCAUUUCAGUUUCCAAGCAAUUUCCACGCUCUCUGUCAGGUGAUUUGUCAACAUAUGAUCCACACCGGAUGAGACGGGGCGAGGGAGGGAGGAAAAGAGGCUAUAAAAGUUUGAAAUGAUCUUUUUAAAGGGAACUUAAACGAACGAACCUCCGCGUGUACGAAUUCUUUUCAUAUUUUCUUUAUUGAACCAAAGAGUUAGGGUUAAGUGGACCGGAUGUCAUUUUUGUACGGUCUUGCGAGAAUUUUGACUAAUCCGGGAUUCCACGAUUCGUUCCUUCACACUGACCUUGAAGAGCGCCUUAAAAUGUGCGUUAAGUAGAUACAGGUACCUGUGGCAGGUACAGGCAUUCCAAUGAAGGUAUGCGAACAUUCUAGGUAUACGUGCUCGUUGCAAGAAAUGCCAAGGGACAGGUACAGGAUACUCCGAAACGUAUUUGGGUGUAAAAAAGAGGUAUUUACUCUAAGUACUUCACUUCACGGCGGACACGGCGCGAGUCGGAGGCGAAGUCCGCGAUCGAGCGGCGCGUCGCUCUGACGGGUCAAAGAACGCGAAUCGCAAACUCAUGCGCUCCGUACGGCGCUGGCUCUCUGUCGAGUGGCGUUCUCGGUCGUGGCAGGGUAAAAAGAAUAAGAAGCAGUGGAAAAGAUCGUGAGAGGAACGGAGAGCGACAGGCAGAGCGGGAAGGACUGACCGACAGACCGAAGGAGGAACGAAGAGAGAGCGAAAGAGAAAGAAAGAGAGGACGAGGGACAGCGAGGGUGAGAGGGAGAACGGGGACACGUGGUAUUCAACAGCUGCCGUUGAACGUGUUCAAUGCCGCGGUUGAAGCAAGAAAGCGGUCGGUCGGUCGGUCGCACCGCUCGGCUUCAGACCGCGGUGGGGAUGGAACCGUGUGGGCCGGCCGGAGCGGCGGUGCUCUCGCUUCGUGUUCCUCGUGGACUUCAGUCUCUCUCUAUACGUACCGGGAGGUAUUGCCAUCGCCGGGCCAGUUAAGCACGGCGGUAUCCAGAUUUUGCGACUUUGCGAGCUCCCAACGCGCGUGAGGCGACGACGACGACGACGACGGCGGCGGCACCGGGACCGCCAACGUGCGUCGAAGAGAGCGAAACGAGGAACCUCGUCGGCUGGAGGUUGGUCCCGCUGGCAUUUCAUCCAGUUGACAGUUGAAAGGAUGCGCGUGUGGACCGGACCUCGCGCCUCUUUGAAUCCUCCAAUCUAACGGAUGGUUCACCGCCCCACUCCCUCCCCCGCCAUUGUGAGUUUCCGCUUCCGCGAUGGUACCGGCCCGACUUACUGGAUUGGUGACUAGCGAAAGACUGUGACAUCAGGCAUAACACGAAAAAAAAAUUAACUAUCAUUUGUUGCAUUGACCUUACUUCCAUAAAAAUACAAUUAAAGAAAGUUUCAAAGAGAAGAAGAAAACAGCACGCGCGAAUCAGUCGAGCAUCGCUAGAGGGAUUACCAGAAGGUACAAAACUCCGUCCAGAAACUUUCUAACGAUUGCCCAAUCCGUAGAUUCCUUCCUUCGAUUCCAGAAUACUCCGGAGCACGAGCUCCGAUUAUGGAGGGGAAUUGCGCGAGCGAAUGAAUGUAUGCCGGGCACCACCGCGACGUCGGUAACAGAAGUCUGUCCAUCGGAAAAGUAUUAGAAGGAUGUGGCGACUAUGUGUGCGGUUGACAUGCGACAAGUGAGAAGCGAGAAGCGGCGCGGUGCCCAUUAACCGGUUUCCGCGGGUCGGCAUGCAGAGCGACACGUAGCCGGUGCUACGCCAUCGAGAGUGGCUCACGGAUCCUUCGUGCGUGUGUCGCACGUAGGAUUGGAAUCCCGCGGGUCCCAUGACGUCGCGAUCGUCGUCACCUGUUAAUAAUACUGCAUCCUCUCGCGGGAGACUCGGAAGAUCGGCAGGGGAAGAAGUCAGUUUCGCGUCGACGACGAACUCUCGACAGCUUUCCUCAAUGGAUGUAUCGUCGGUGCCAACGUAUUUCCGUUACCGAACGGAUACCAGUGUCUCCAGUCACGUCAGCCAUACGAGGUUCGAGUGGUGCUCAUCCACGUGCUGGUACGAGAUAUAGAUUGGAACUUCGUGACUUCAAGAGGCGCCUGGUGUGCCGGUAUCGUCAAAGGGAUAUAUCUUUGGAGAAAGGUGCUGGAUGCGGCGAGCAUUUCAGCGCGUCGAUAUACCGGUGUCUCGUGCAGUAGAAAGUGCGCCGCAUAGUGUCGUGAAUGUGUGACCGGAAAUGUGUGGAAUAUUAAUGUUAGAAGUGCGAAUGACCGGGGUGAUCUGUGUGAUGGUACAACUGUUCUUAAGUAUGGCAACGUCGAAUUGUUGCCUUGUCAAAUCUGGAUAAAGGCUUGAUCUCCGGUGUUCGGGGAGAAAAUCCCCUUUUGUGAAAGUUUAAGGGUAGCAAGAAGGCGCGAUUUGAAAGGACACCGUGCAAAGUACAACGGUCGCUGUGGCAUGAGGAGGCUUGCACGCAGGCGCAAUAUUCUGGCCGCAUUCUUUGCGAUUAUGGGACGCCUUGGUAAAGGCUCACAGAGCGCAACGAGGCCCAUUUUCAGGGUACAUUAUCGCAAACUUGUGGACGAAUACUCGCAGCAGGAACAGUUGAGGUUUAUGCCCGCGCUACCUGAUUACAUGUCGUAUUGCUGUUGCCGAUGCGGUCACACUCAGAAGUUCAAAGCGGAGGAGUUGAAUACCAUCGUUGGCAAUGCUUUCCGCAUGGCGUACGUGGCGCAGCUUCAGCGCCAGCCGAUCCUUCAGGAUGUAAUCUCGCCGCGAUCAACGCCGUCUUAUCGCAAGGACAAGCAGGAGCAUCGAACAUCGUGGAACAAAUCGCUGCCCGGAGACGACACGAUCGCCGCGGGCGCUUGCAGGAGUCCGUCGUCGAACUCGUGGCUGAAAAGUCGGACGUCGCCCACCUCCAGGACUGGAAGGGGUCCGUCCGCAGCGGAUAUGAACGUGCAGCUCGGCAGCGCCGGCUCGCCCACGCUGCGACUCGCCAGCGUUAAGGCGCCGAACUCGAUCCCGGGUCUGCGGCCGGCGUUCACGAACGUCCUCGGGCCCAUAACGAACGUGGACGAGCCAAAGAGCAUAUCCCAGCAGAGCACACCGAGCAGCGAUGAGAGCAACUCGCCAACGGAGUUAAACUCGUACAAGAGGCUAACGGACAAGCCACCGCUGAUAAAGCGGCUGGCGAUGGGUUUGACAGGUGGACGCGACGUUCUCGGGCUGAACGGCGAGGAUGACAGCUGCCCGCUCGUCAGCGGUAGCAGCACGCCGACCAGCCCGUCGAACAGGCCCCAUUCCGGGGGCUACAUAAACGAGGCGAUCAUCGACUCGGAGGGCACGAGGCCGUCGUAUAACAAGAUACCGCCGUCGGAGAGUCUCGACAACACCAUCAACGCGUCCAUCACCAAUGCAAAGAACUUCAACAUCGAGAACAACAGGAUAGGGCACAAUUGCCCGGACUCGGGCACGGAGGCGGAAUUCAAGUCGAAAAGAAGAUCGCAAAUUAGCACGUCGAGCAGCUCCGUACCCGCUGACGGAAGCACUCAUGGCUCCACGCCAACUCCGCCGCCUUUACCCGAGAGAAUAGACAGCCUGAAUAAUCGAAGCGAGGAGGCCGAGCUACGCAAAGCGCCCUGGUUUCAAGCUGGAAUACCCAGAGAGAUAACGCUGGAGGUAUUGAGCCAAGAGCCGGAAGGAGCGUUCAUGGUGCGCGAAAGUACCAGCAAGCCCGGAUGUUACGCCCUCUCCCUCCGUGUGCCCCGUGAAUUCCAGCCAAGCGGAAUAGCCCAUUAUCUCAUAAUGCGUACAAACAAAGGUUACAAAAUCAAAGGCUUCACGAAAGAGUUUACGACGCUCACCGCACUAAUCACUCACCAUUCGGUCAUGCCGGAAUUACUGCCCUGCCCGUUGUCCCUAAGCCGAUAUAAUCCAAGCUUCGUCAAGACUGACUCCAGCAAGGAUUUCGCGGACAUCGAUUCGGACCCGGAUUACAAUACCCUGGCGGAUUUUCGCAAAAUGAUGGCUGAUCUGAACGUCUAGAACGAUCGUCGAGAUUUCUCUUCCUCUCUUCUGCACUUUCUGUCGCGAUUUUUAUCGAUUUUUCAUGUGAAACCAGUUGGAAGGUAGUUGCGAGGCACCGUUCGGUAUAUUUGUACCUGGAUCGAUUUUGUGCCAUUGCAUUGUAUGUAAAGGGCCGACGUUACACUUGCGAUCGUCGUCCGCGAGGAGAUCUUCGCUCGGGGAUAGUCGGCAUUCGGCGCAACGCAUAUUGGACGACGCUUAGUUAACGAAUCUAUGUUCCGGAAAGACUCGCACAGCCACCAGUGAUACAUACUCGUAAGUCAUUAAUACAGUAAGAAGCGUAACGAUAAGAAACGUACAGCGUAGAUAAUUUAAUGCUAGCGUUACAUAAUGGACGCGUGACUGGAAUAGCGAUGCGAUUUUUUUUUUUUUUUUUUUUUUACAGCACGCGCGCCUAGCGAGAUGUUAGUUUAAGUUUGCUGUAGCGGGCGAAGCGAAACAAUUGACGUCCGUCAAAUCUUCAAUCGGAGUAAAUUAUUUGCACAAAACGGAAUAUACGAUGAAGCGUUACAAGUGUUAUAUUUUUUUUUUUGCGAAUUUUUCUACGGAAACAAAUCGAGUUUUGUUAUCGUUUGGAUCGCUCCCGACAGUUGCAACGAUGCCAAACGAUUCGUAUAAUAUAUCUUUGUUAUAAAAUGUAUAAUAGUCGAGUAAUUGGAGAAUCAUGAAGACGAGUAGAGUGAAUCAAAUCAUUGCGAAGGAAUACGAAUUUAAAAGAUUUCGAGAAUGAAUUUUAAUUUAUAUUUAAAAUAUUACGUUAAGAGGACGUCAAAAAUGCAUGGCGAUGAAGGAAACGGAGGGUGAUACGUGAAGGAUGUUGUGUCUCGGAGAGAAAAAUCGAUACCUUCUCUUUGGGACAGCGUUAUAUUAAGGUAUUUUUUCCAUCUAGUUCCUCUCACGAUUGCAGCUUCAUUGCGUCCGAAAGUGAUCUAGUAAGAUUUAUUUGACUGAAACAGUUAUCUGAUUUUUUUCCUGUAAGCCGUAGUUGAGGAUUGUGUUACCAUCGACACACGUAAUGUAAACUGUAUUGAACUUUGAUCGCUCUGGAAGCGGGAAGGCUGUUGUAUAAUAGGAAAACGCCUUCUUCACUCUCCCUAACAGCACAUGAAUAUUCGUACGAUAUUAUGUGUCGUUAUUACUGGAUUUUAUAAUUAAUCAAAAGUGUCACUCGAAAUGCGUAAAGUACGAAGGAAUAUUAUGAUAACAUCAACGAUAACAUCAACGUGACGUUAAAAUAAAUUGUGAUUAAUUGAAAAGAUUUUUAAUGAUCACUUUGGAGUCAUUUUAACAUCAUUUUGAUGUUUUCAUAAUUUUUUCUUCUGGUUGGGUAUUUUGUAUUUCGAAGCAAAGAUUCAACUGCGAUAGUUGAACCGUUUAAAAGCAUUUCGAAGUUGGGAGCAAAAUCAAGAUGUAACUGGUCUAUUAUCGAAUCUGUAUAUGUCGGAGAUUCUUUCGUUAUCAUUUAAUCGCAUUCCCGAUGGUAUAUCGCAAUCCGAUGAUAUAUCGGGGAGCAAAAACGAAAAUAACGUUCACCGAAAUUUUGAUGAAAAGAGAAGCAAUUUAUUUGCGUACAGUGUUGAAAAUGGAAUAAAUAAUUUCAAUUGUGUCGCAUAUUGCAAAUAAUCUCUCAUAUAAAAUAACGCAGGAAACGAAGAUUUUCUGAUUUAUUUUUCAUUCCGCAGUGAAUAAUAAAUUAUUGGAAAAUAUUCUGUUCUAAUUCGGUUAUAGAAGUUAUGUUCUAAUUUGGUAGAUGUACUUCGAAUGGAAAUAAAAUAAAACAGGAUGAGAAACAGUGAGUAAAAAUAAAUGGAAUAAAACUGAAUAUUUUUCGCUUUUGGUCCCUGAUCGCAAUAUUGAUGUAUGUACAUGUGUUUAUAUGUAUAUAUAUGUAUAUGUUAUAAUUAUUUUCACUCGCGCGUUAUAUUUCCACACGUAUAUUUAAUUAGUGUGAACGUCAAAGAGGAUUAGUAAACGGCAUGGAAUCUUUGAAAUGCAAUUACGCCUAAGAGAGGACAGAACUUUCUCGCAAAAUUUCGACAUGGCGAAACACGAAUUAUAGUAAUAGGCGAUAAUUUAGUUUCUCAGUUAUCCUAGUCUUGUACAGAAAUUUUGCGCAGAGCUACGACAAUGAAAAUCAUAUACGAUUAUGCGUAAAUAACUAUUGAAUUUAAACGAUUCUCAGCGGCGACCAGACACUAAAUCGCGUGACACUUUUUUAUACACCAGAAAAUAAUUUUCCGAGUAUAACUACACCACGUAUUAUCCAUUUCUUGACUAUAUACGAGCAAUUGACUACAUCGAAAACUGCCAGUAUGACAUUUCGUCAGUAUCAUUAAUUUUCGACCGUUAUUCAUUACAGAAGAUAAAAAAAAGGAUUAAGCUCGGUGAUUAAAUAAAUUUUGAUGCUGUAGGAAUAUACAAGAUUAUAAAGGCGAUAUUGCGUACAUUUUUGUAGCAUUGAAUAUUAAAUUUUCCAAAAUGAGAACGGUUUCUAUUCCUGAGGAUGAAUGAGAAUACCUGUCGAUCACAUGUCGACAAGUUUCAUAUUCAGAUUCAUAUCUAGUAGUGCAUUGUGCUAGGAGAAAGCCAAGAAUUGAUGCAUAUGGUGCAUUGAAAUCGUAUGUAUGAUAUGUAUAAUAGAUUUGUGCGAAUAUGAAUCGAUUGUGACUUUCUGCUUCUACAAUGUGUUCCUGUGUAAUGCUUUAAUGACAACGCGAAUUGCCAAGUUAUAAGGAAAGGGAGACAUUUCAUAAAAAAUCUGCAAAUUUCAUUAAAUCCACCAGAAAUCAUUUUUUAAGAUUGCAUUGCGUAAAAAAAGUGACGUGUCUUAUAUCGUUAAUCUCACGCACAUGUGCGAUCUAAUAAAUCGUGCGAAAAAUUUAAAAUAAUGUUUUUGGAAUAAAGUUGAAAAUAAUGAGAAAAAAACGAAUAAGAGUGUUUGUAUUUCGAAAUCGAUUGAUGCGUGCUAAGAUAAUCGCGCAAGAAACGCAGCAUAAUUAACUGUUGUAAUGUACGCUACGCAUGACAUUAAUCACUGCUUGAGGUUUGUAAUGUUUUAUGAAUUUAUUAUCGCGAUGCGUUGUAUAAUGUCAAGAGAAAUUAUUUAUUACAAUAAAUAUAAUACAAAGUA